AAUAGGUAAAUUGAUGAAAAGCAACCAUGGAUGACCUACAUGGAAGCAAUUCUCGAAUGCAGCACAUUGGAGAAGCUCAAGAUCCAAUGCAUGUGCAAUAUGAACAUCAUGCUUUGCACCACAUCCACAAUGGAAGCAGUAUGGUUGAUGAUCAUGCUGAUGAUGGCAAUGCUGGUGGGAUGAGUGAGGGAGUGGAAACAGACAUUCCUUCUCACCCUGGAAAUAUAACUGAUAAUCGUGGUGAAGUGGUUGACCGUGGUAGUGAACAAGGAGAUCAGUUGACAUUGUCUUUUCAGGGCCAAGUCUACGUUUUUGACAGUGUCUUACCUGAAAAGGUUCAAGCUGUGCUUCUAUUAUUGGGUGGACGUGAAUUACCUCAGGCAGCCCCUCCCGGCCUAGGAUCACCCCAUCAGAACAAUAGAAUAUCGAGCUUACCUGGUACUCCUCAAAGGUUUAGUAUUCCACAGCGGUUAGCCUCUUUGGUCAGAUUUCGGGAGAAGCGGAAAGGGAGGAAUUUUGAUAAGAAGAUUCGGUAUACAGUCCGCAAGGAGGUGGCUUUGAGGAUGCAACGCAAUAAAGGUCAGUUCACAUCUGCCAAGUCAAACAAUGACGAAGCUGCAUCUGCUGGAUCUAGCUGGGGGUCGAAUCAAACCUGGGCUAUAGAAGGUAGCGAGGCUCAGCAUCAAGAGAUCUCAUGUCGACACUGUGGAAUCGGUGAGAAGUCAACUCCAAUGAUGAGGCGUGGACCUGCAGGGCCAAGAACACUUUGCAAUGCAUGUGGACUUAUGUGGGCAAACAAGGGUGCUCUUAGGGACUUAUCCAAAGCCUCUCCUCAAACAGCACAAAAUCUUCCUUUAAAUAAGAAUGAGGAUGCAAAUCUCGAGACUGAUCAAAUGAUGAUAACAGUGGCCAAUGAAAUAAGCAACUCGUAGUGAGGACAUGUUUCUCUUGCCAUUACAAGCAAGAGAAGAUCUCAACAGAGUUUGAAUCGCCUCAGGUUCUGUAGCUUUAUCAUUCCUUUUGAAAAAAUCUGAGUCGAUUUAGGUUAUCAGGAUUUGAUCUAUGACGAUGUAACUUGGGUGAUAAUGCUAUGCGAUGUUUGCUUCUUCUUUUUUUAUGAUUCAAAAAUGCUUCAUAGACUGUUGUUGCAUUGGUCCAUACUCUGAUGUAACGUAGCAGUCUGUGUUUUACCCUGUUAUAAAGACAACUAACUUUA